AUGGACACGGUCGCGCUAGCCAAUAGCAGCGACUGUCCAAUCAGCACUGCGUAUCGUAACGAUCGCCUAAGUAGCACUAGCGCGUCAUCGUUGACCUCGGCAGUAGACGUGCGCUGUCCGCUCGUCUCGCCGUCCCACAGCAGCUGUGGGGCUCCAUCUCUGCCAAUGACCAUAACAACUGAACCCGCAAAGUACAAACGAGUGUCCCGCUGGUAUUUUGGUGGGUUGGCAAGUGGAUUGGCGGCCGGAAUCACACAUCCACUAGAUUUGAUCAAAGUCUGCAUGCAGACUCCGGGUGCAGCAAAUCCCACCUUCAUUCGCGUCGCCAUUCGAGUGGUGCAAUCAGACGGGCUACUGGGGUUGUAUAACGGUCUGUCGGCUUCAUUGCUCAGACAGGCCACUUACUCGCUCCCUCGUUUCGGUUUGUACGAAAUGUACAAGAACAAGGCUGGUGCUGACCUGACGAUAGCUUUCUACGAACAGCUUAUUGUUGCAGGCUGCGCUGGAUUUGUCGGCGGCCUCUGUGGUCAACCAGCUGAUUUGAUCAAUGUACGAAUGCAGAAUGACAUGAAGAAACCAACAACGGAGCGCAGAAACUACAAACACUGUUUCGAUGGCCUCCUACGUGUGUAUCGACAGGGUGGCGUUACAGAACUGUACAGUGGGGUGAGUAUGAUGGCCAGUCGUUCCGCUCUCAUGACUGUUGGUCAAGCUGUUGGAUACGAUCAGUGCAAGCACUUCUUCUUGUGGACGGGAAUUUUUCAGGACACGCCGUCCACUCAUCUCUUGUCUGGAGUGGGUGCAGCCGCAUCGGCCGUCGUCCUCACCCAACCAUUCGACGUGCUCAAAACACGAAUGCAAAACGCCACCCCAGCACUGUGGGCCACUCGUCUAACUGAGGAUGUGCACGGAAACCGUGACCUAUACACCCGAACCACACUUCGUGAGCUCAUCCUGUACAUUCUGUUCCUCGUCGUAUUGAUGAUAAUCGCCUUCAUCCCGAUAAACGAAAAUACAUACGUAUUGACAAAAAUGAUGGAACGGACAUUUCUAGAGACGGUGGUUUCCGAAGCGGAUGAUACAACGCUAUCGAGUGUAAAUAGCUUGGAUGAUUUGUGGAAGGUUAUUCGCGGCCCGUUUAUGAGUGCUGUCUACGCUCGACAUUGGUAUAACGGGCAGCUUGCGUGGACGGACGCGGAUCACAUGUCUGUUCAGUACGAUAAUCAUCUGGUCGGGCUGAUUCGCUUGCGUCAACUGCGGAUGUCUGGUAGCUCGUGUGUGGUCCCUUCGGAUUUCCAGACAGAAAUCAAGGAGUGUAUUGCAGCCUAUAACGUCCAAGAGGAAGACAAAGCUCCGUUCGGAUUGGAAGUGGGAAGUGCAUGGACUUACACCGACCCAAGCAUCCUGCAAAUGGAAACAUUCCUCGGUGAUGUAGCUGCCUACGGAGGAGGUGGUUAUUAUGAGGAUUUAUCGAAUAACCGGACAGAAGCAGACGAACAGCUUGUGCAGUUAUUUGAAAAUUUAUGGCUUGAUCGAGGCACCAGAGCAGUGUUCCUACAUUUUACCACGUACAACGCAAAUCUGAAUAUUUUCUGUGUUGCGGAAAUAUUAAUUGAAUUUCCUGCAACAGGUGGAGCACAAGUCAGCCCGCGAUUCCGUUCAAUCAAGUUGCUUCGUUACGUCACUACCUUGGACUAUUUCGUGUUGGCGUGUGAAUGCAUUUUCACUAUGUUCACGUUCUAUUACAUCGUUGAAGAGGCCAUCGAAAUCUCGAAACAAAAGUGGGCCUACUUCUGGUCAGUUUGGAACAUUCUGGACAUCGUCAUCAUCGUUCUUAGCCUCACUUGUGUCGCAUUUAACAUUUACCGAACUAUCCGGGUAAACGACAUCUUGGACCAGCUGCUGAUUGAGAAAAACAAGUUUGCCAAUUUUCAAUGGUUAAGCAUUUGGCAAAUGAAUUUCAACUAUGGAAUAGCGAUUACUGUGUUCCUAUCUUGGGUGAAACUGUUCAAAUACAUCAGUUUCAAUAAAACCAUGACGCAACUGAGUUCUACUCUGGGCAACUGUGCCAAGGACCUGGGUGGAUUUGCUGUUAUGUUCUGCAUCAUCUUCUUCGCGUUCGCUGAACUUGGAUAUCUUGCUUUCGGGACACAAGUGCAUGAUUUUAGGAAAUUCACCACCGCUGUCUACACUCUCUUCCGCAUCAUCUUGGGGGACUUUGAUUUCGGAGCGCUGGAAAGAGCAAACAGCACGUUCGGACCAAUCUACUUCAUUGUUUACGUGUUCUUUGUCUUUUUCAUUCUUAUCAAUAUGUUUAUUGCCAUCAUCAAUGAGACGUACACGGGCGUCAAGUCAGACUUGCAGAAUCAACAAAAUGAAUUUGAAGUGAAAGAUUUUUUCAAAAACCGCAUGAAGAAUAUGCUGAAACGAAUGAAGCGGAAGAAGUCUCGAAUCGAAAGACUACAAAAAGCCAUGGAACUGGCUCAUUCGAGUGGAGAAAGAAGGAUGAGUUUCGAUGAACUCAGACAGCAUCUGAGCGCGAGUGGGUUCUCCACAGAAGAAAUCGAUACCGUCUUCGGUCGUUUCGAUAGCGACCACGAUCACGCAUUAUCAAGUACCGAACAAGUGACAAUGAAAAUCAAGUUAGAAGAAGAGAAGAUGGCUCUGGUCAGCGAGAUCGCAAAGGAAGAAAAACUGAACUUGGAUACCCCUGAUGGAGAGGAUCACUGGCCACAGAAACCCGAGGUGAAGCAAUGCGAUUACGUCAACUUGCUGAAUCGGGUCAGCCUCAUUGAGAGCUCUAUUGUUUCCGUGGUGAAACACUUAGACAAUGCCCUGAAGGAGAUGAGAAAAGUAGAGGCAGCUAAGCUUGUCCGAAUGGAUACGAUGACGAAGCUCAUACGAACAGUUUCCGGAACUGAACCGGAGGAAAGAGCAGAAAAGCUACAAGAAAUUUUGAAUGAUGGUCUACAACAGUAUGAAGAAAGCAGCGAAGAGAAGAGUGACUCACUGGCGCCAAAGAAUUAA